ACCCCAGCACAAAUAAAAUCAAUUUGCCUGGCCAUACUAGAAUCAGGAAAGCAGUAUGCAGUGAAGAAGAGGAAACCGUUCCCACUCAUGUAUUCCUACUAUGGAACAGAGUACCUUGGUGCAGCACAUGGGCUUUCAUCGAUCCUUCAGAUGCUGCUUUCUUAUUAUGAGUACCUGCAGCCAGCAGAUCAGGAGCUUGUGUGGCAGAGCGUUGAUUUUCUUAUGGACCAAGAACAGAACAGCAACUGGCCUCCUGAGCUGGGAGAGACAAUUGAGCGGGAGAAUGAGCUUGUACACUGGUGUCAUGGCGCUCCAGGCAUUGCAUAUCUGUUUGCCAAAGCUUACCUGGUUUCGAAGAAGCCUCAAUAUCUGGACACUUGUAUCCGGUGUGGAGAGCUAACUUGGCAGAAAGGCCUGUUGAAGAAGGGACCUGGAAUAUGCCAUGGAGUGGCUGGUAGUGCUUAUGUGUUCCUGCUGCUGUAUAGGCUCACUGGAAACUCAAAAUACAUAUACAGGGCACAAAGGUUUGCAGAGUUCUUAUUUACAGAAGAAUUUAAGGCUGGUUCCCGGGCGUUAGAAAGUGUAUAUAGUCUGUAUGAAGGUUUCUCGGGAACUGUGUGUUUCCUGACUGACUUGCUGCAACCCAACCAAGCCGAGUUUCCUCUCUUCAGUGUAUUUGUCUAGAGAGUGAUGCUCUCCAGGGCCAC